UUGCAUCUCAGCAAGAAAAAAAGCAAGAAAAUGUCGGAUGCUAAAGAUCAGAACCACGCGGAGAAGGAAUUGGUUUGCAUCGUUUCGUUAAACGAAAGUCUUGCGGAUUUGGCCAAGCUUAUAUCAACGUUAUCUGCGGCUAAUGCCAAAGUUUUGCAUUUGGAGACCCGACAGGGCAAUCGAAAACAAAAUGCAAGCGAUUCAGGCGUUUUGGAUGUUUAUGCCCACAUAUCAUUGCCCUCAGAAAUGGAGGAACAUUUAGCGAAUCAGUUGAACCAAAUUUCACCACAAGUAUCUAUACAUCCGGAACACAUCAAGAAAGAAUGCGCCGCCGAUAUGAAUGAGACAAUCCGUGUUCCAUGGUUCCCUCGCCACAUUAAGGAUCUUGACGAGGUUUCCAAUCACGUGUUCAUGUACGGCAAAGAUCUGGAUGCUGACCAUCCAGGCUUCAAAGAUGAGGAAUACAGAAAAAGACGUAACAUGUUCGCUGAGAUUGCUUAUAACUACAAGCAUGGACAGCCCCUCCCAAGAAUCGAAUAUACAGAGGUCGAGAGGGAGACUUGGGGUUGCAUUUAUCGAGAACUCACGAAAUUGUACGAAACACACGCUUGCAAGGAACAUUUGGAAAACCUUAGACUUCUGCAGCAGCAUGCAGGUUACAAGGAAUCGGAUUUACCACAACUUGAUGAAAUAUCCAAGUUUCUCAAAUCGCGGACCGGAUUCACUUUAAGACCGGUUGCUGGAUACUUGUCUGCUAGAGACUUCCUAUCUGGACUGGCGUUCCGCGUGUUCUACUGCACACAGUAUAUCAGGCACUGGAAGGACCCCAUGUACACUCCUGAGCCUGAUUGCUGUCACGAACUGCUUGGCCACAUGCCACUUCUUGCGGAUCCGGCUUUUGCUCAGUUCUCACACGAAAUGGGUUUGGCCUCUUUGGGGACGUCAGAUGAGGAAGUCUUGAAAUUGGCGACGUGUUACUUUUUCAGUAUCGAAUUUGGUCUGUGCCGCCAAAACGGAAAACUUCGUGCGUUCGGUGCAGGUCUACUCUCGUCUAUUGCUGAACUCAAGCACGCACUUAGUGGAGAGGCAACAAUCAAACCUUUCGUGCCUGAGGAAGUAAUGCGUGAGGAGUGUUUGGUAACCACGUUUCAGAGGGGGUACUUUGAGACGCCAUCAUUUGAGGAUGCGACGGAGAAAAUGAGAAAAUUCGCAAAAACUAUCAGACGUCCAUUCGAUGUCAUCUAUGAGCCCUACACCGAAAGUAUUCGAAUAAUUGAUAGUGUGGACAAAGUUGGAAGCAUACUUCUUGAUGUGACAACACAACUUACGUCGCUUACGCACACGUUAGAGAAGCUGAAGUGCCAUGAAAGCGACGGCCGAAAGCCUCUGUGGACAAUGGAGCAGCUACCGCCGAAACUACCAAGUACCAAAACUUAACGGGGGCAAAACUAAUUUAUAUAACCGUUUUCGGGGAUAUCUCCCUGCAGUGGACGUCUGUUUAUUCACUGAUUAUCUAUGGUUUGCGCCUUGCGUUCUCCUUUAUCAUUUU